AUGGCUCCCCGCGCGAGCUCGCCGGCGCUCUCCGAAACCGAGUUCGACAUAUUCGAUGCCCUCGCUGGCGGCGAUGAUGUGCAGCAAGAGGCGGGUUUGGACGCAGAUCUGGGAAUAGAUCUGGAUGUUGGACACGGCGACGGAUCCGACGACGAAGCCUUCAUUGCCGCCAAACAGGCUGCUUCGAAUCGCAAAGCGUCCAAUGUAGGAAAGUCCGUAAAGAAGGGCGGAGGUUUCCAGGCCAUGGGCCUGAAUGCGGCGCUUCUCAAAGCCAUUACGCAGAAGGGAUUCAAGAUACCAACUCCCAUCCAGCGCAAGGCCGUUCCGCUCAUGCUGGACGGACAAGACGUCGUGGGUAUGGCUAGGACGGGUUCUGGAAAGACUGCUGCUUUCGUCAUACCCAUGAUUCAGAAGCUCAAGGCGCAUUCUGCCAAAGUAGGCGCUCGCGGAAUCAUCAUGUCCCCCUCCCGAGAACUCGCAUUACAGACGCUCAAGGUUGUCAAAGAGUUGGGACGCGGCACAGAUCUAAGGACUAUCCUGCUUGUUGGUGGGGACAGUCUCGAAGAACAAUUCAGCUCUAUGACCACUAACCCCGACAUCAUCAUUGCUACUCCUGGUCGCUUCCUACAUCUAAAGGUCGAGAUGGGUCUCGACCUGUCCUCCGUCAAGUACAUUGUAUUCGACGAAGCCGACCGUCUUUUCGAAAUGGGUUUCGCAGCGCAACUAUCUGAAAUCCUGCACGCUCUUCCGGCUUCUAGACAGACACUGCUCUUCAGUGCCACAUUGCCGAAAUCGCUCGUAGAGUUUGCAAGAGCUGGUCUACAAGAGCCAAAGCUUAUCCGUCUCGACGCUGAGAGCAAAAUUUCACCAGACCUCAAGAGUGCUUACUUCACAAUCAAGUCGGGCGAUCGAGACGGCGCGCUGCUGCAUCUCCUCGAUAACGUCAUCAAGGUUCCUGUAGGCGAGACCGACGCAGCAAAGAAGGCCAAAGAAGAUGCUGCAAAAGCUGCCAACAGCAAAAAGCGGAAGCGCAGCGACGGCUUCGUCAAAGAUGUCCCGGUCGCUGAGUCUACCAUCAUCUUCGCGGCAACGAAACACAGGGUUGAGUACCUGGCCAAUCUUCUUCGCGGUGCAGGAUAUGCCGUAUCUUAUGUGUACGGCAACCUUGAUCAAACAGCUCGCAAAGAGCAGAUUCAGGACUUCCGGAUGGGCCUGUCCCGUAUACUAGUCGUGACCGACGUUGCUGCCCGUGGUGUGGACAUGCCCCAUAUCAACCACGUCAUCAACUACGACUUCCCUUCCCAGCCCAAGAUCUUCGUACACAGAGUCGGACGAACAGCCCGAGCUGGACGGAAGGGAUGGGCCUACAGUUUAUGCAGACAUGUCGAUCUACCCUACUUGAUAGACUUGCAGCUUUUCCUCGGAAAAAGACUAUUGGUCGGAAGGUCGAGUGAGGAGCCGAACUACGCAGAAGACUUUGUUGUCGGAAGCCUGGCACCAUGGCAGUUGGAGUCUUCCGUUGAGCUUGUGAACAAACAGCUCACCGAUGAUGAGGACCUAGCGCUACUCCUAAGUGUGGCCGAAAAGGGUGAGCGCCAAUACCAACGGACACGCAACCAGGCAAGUGCACAAAGUGUAGCACGAGCUAAGGAGUUGGUGGCAUCUCCAAACUUUGCAGAGACGCAUAUGCUCUUCAGCGACGAUGCACACAAUACUCAAAAAGCGAAAGAAGAUAUGCUUGCGAGAAUCCAAUCAUUUCGACCCGCAGAGACUGUAUUUGAAAUCGGCAAGCGAGGUGUCCAGAGCGAGACAGCCGAGAUUAUGCGCAAGAGGCGUGAACAAGUUGGACGACAGAAAGCCAAGCAAGCGGCCAACAAACUGGCUACUGGAGACGAUUUCGACCCACUUCAGGCACCCUCAAGGGAAUCGAAUAGCAAUGAAGAAGGGUCAGAAGACGAAGUUGAAGUUGCUGAUGGAGUAUACGACUCAGACUCCGAUGAACUGGAGGUGUCCGUCUCACAACCAUCAUCCAAGAAGUCAAAACAAGACAGCUGGAAGAAUGAUGACUAUUUCAUGUCAUACCUUCCCAAGGAGAACAUGGCAGAGGAAAAGGCCUACGGAGUCAGUGGAGGAGACGCUGGUAACUCGAACUUCGUUACUGCAGCAAGGGCGGCGGAGAUGUCACUUGUCAACGAUGAAAUCCAAGGCUUCGCAGAUGCCGCCAAAUCCAAGAUGCGUUGGGACAAAAAGUCGAAGAAAUACGUGAACCGCACCAACGAUGAGGAUGGAUCUAAGGGUGCGAAGAUGAUUGUUGGAGAAAGUGGGCAGAAGAUCGCGGCCAGUUUCCGCAGUGGUCGCUUCGACGACUGGCGCAAGGCGAACAAGGUCAAGAUGCCUCGCGUGGGCGAAAUGGAAGCCCCCAACAGGUCUGCAUCAUCCUUCAAUAACGCCCCGCGCUACAAGCACAAGGCCGAGAAGGCUCCGAAGCAGGCUGAUCGGUACCGCGAUGAUUAUCACGUCCAGAAAAAGAGGGUGGCUGAAGCGAAAGAGAAGCGCGUCGGUGCAUGGAAGGAUGGUGGCGCCAAGAGCGAACUUCGAGAUGUGGAUGCUGUUCGCAAGAACCGCAAGGUCCAGGAAAAUCGCCGAGCAAAGAAUGCUCGUCCGUCCAAAAAGCGCAAGUUUUGA